AUGUCGUUGUCGAUACCAGCUGCGCCGUCAAGCGGGCUGUUCAAGAGCGGCUACACCACACAAAGCAACGAAGAUGGUGCCGUCCUUCGAAACAUCGAUGCUUGCCAGGCCCUUGCUAGUACAGUUAAGACCAGCUUCGGCCCCUACGGACGAAACAAGAUCGUUAUCAACCAUCUCCAGAAAAUGAUCCUAACGAACGAUGCUGCUACGAUACUACGGGAAUUGGAUGUAGUUCAUCCGGCAGUUAAGAUUGUUGUCAUGGCUACACAGCAGCAGGAAUCCGAGUUGGGAGAUGCGACGAAUUUGGUUAUCGUCCUCGCAGGAGAAUUGCUUACUAUGGCGGAGAAUCUGAUACGUAUGGGUGGCCUUCAACCUUCGGAUAUCAUACAGGGAUAUACCAAAGCACAGCUAUUCGCGCAGAAGACGUUAGAAGAGCUCAGCCACGACACUGUCAAAGAUGUUCGAAAUAAAGCCGAACUUAGCAAGGCUUUAAGCACAGUUAUUGCGUCAAAACAAUACGGAAAUGAAGAUAUCCUCGCCGAACUUGUUGCUGAAGCCGUCUUGACCGUUUUGCCUAAGGAUCCUAAAAAUUUCAACGUCGACAAUGUCCGCGUCGUUAAGAUCAUGGGAAGCAGCUUGUUGCAGAGCCAGGUUAUCAAGGGGAUGGUAUUUGGCCGGGAACCAGAAGGGAACAAGAAGUCUGCAUCGAAAGCUAAAGUUGCUGUCUACGCCUGCCCAAUAGAUAUUACCCAGACGGAAACAAAGGGCACAGUUCUUCUUAAGAACGCACAAGAGAUGCUUGAUUUCACAAAGGGCGAGGAGUCACAGUUGGAGGGUAUCAUCAAGGAGAUCUAUGAUUCCGGGAUCAGAGUUAUUGUGGCAGGGGCAACUGUCGGGGAACUUGCACUACAUUACCUGAAUCGAUAUGAUAUCUUAGUUAUCAAGGUUCUUAGCAAGUUCGAGUUGAGGAGAAUUUGCCGUGUUAUUGGCGCAACUCCACUAGCUCGAUUGGGUGCACCUAUGCCGGACGAGAUGGGCAAAGUCGAUGUUGUGGAGACUUUGGAAAUCGGUGGAGAUCGUGUUACUGUUUUCAGACAAGAAAACGAGAGCACCAAGACUGCCACAAUUGUCAUUCGUGGAGCAACUCAAAACUAUCUUGAUGACGUUGAACGAGCGAUCGAUGAUGGUGUUAACGUAGUCAAGGCCAUCACUAAAGAUGCCCGCUUGGUUCCAGGUGCCGGUGCUACCGAGACACAGUUGAUGCAGCGAAUAACUGCAUAUGGAGACAGGACUCCCGGUGUUCUUCAAUAUGCUAUCCAAAAGUACGGCCAAGCGUUCGAAGUUGUUCCCAGAACUUUGGCAGAAAGCGCGGGAUUGGAUGCUAUGGAGGUUCUGAGUAAAUUGACCGCAGCACACAACAAGAGAGGCGAUUGCACUACUGGUAUAAGCUUUGAUGAGGAGAAGGGCUCUGGAACAGCCGACGCUGUGGCUACCGGCAUCGUCGAUUUGUUGUCUAGCAAGAGCUGGGCUAUUAAGCUUGCUACUGAGGCAGUGUGCACUGUUCUUUCCGUUGAUCAAAUUAUCGUUGCUCGUCAAGCAGGAGGGCCAAAGCCGCCAGCUCCAAAUCCAGGCUGGGAUAACGACGAUUAA